AGCCACAUAUUCUGACCUCAACCAAAACACAAAAGCAAGUCAGCCGUUAUCUUUUCAACUGAGCAAAACAUUACAAUGUAUAUGGUUCGCUAUUCUGCGCCGUAUAUUCACUCCUUAAAACCUACUCAAACUCCUAAUAUUAUAACCUCCCAAUAUGUGUAUAUAUAUAUGGCCCAAUCGUGCAGUCCAUUAACCAUCCAAAAAUCCAUACCCAAACCAAAACGAACCAAUUGUCCCUCGUUACUCGAUUCAUUCGACUGAGAAGGACCUGAGAUGGCGAAUCCGUGUUGUGUUUCGAAAAUGGUGCUCAUGGCCCUCCUUGUGGCUGCAAUGGGAAUUCAUGCUGGGGUGACCUCGAACGGGAAUAGCACAAGCCCAGUGGGAGUAGGAGCUUUCCUUGAUCCACAAAACAUGGCUAGGGCAGAGGUGGGCGUGGCCCCCUUGGUUUGGGAACCCAGGCUCGCCGAGUUUGCCCGCGGCUAUGCUAGACAACGUCGAACUGAUUGCGCUCUGAUGCAUUCCGAGGGGCCACUUGGAGAAAACAUGUUUUGGGGGAGUGGCAGAAAUUGGGACAUCACUGAUAUUGUCGCCGCAUGGGUAACUCAAAAGCAAUAUUACGACCACAACCUCAAUGUUUGCAAUGGACCUGACUGCACCCACUACACUCAGAUCGUGUGGAGGAACACCGAAAGAGUCGGCUGUGCCAAGAUUAUAUGCGAUAGCGGAGACACGCUUGCUGUCUGCGAGUACUCUCCUCCGGGCAACUACAUCAACUCUAGGCCCUACUAAGAUUAAUUGGCCCUAGAUGGAGCCCACAUUGCUACUUCUUCGGAUGUCUAUAUUCCUCAAUCCCCAUUUGUACCUAGUAAAAUUUUCUAUUAACAAAUAAGAUUGAUAAAUCAUUUCAUGUAGCACCUUCUAACUACUGAAAUUGCCUUUGUUUACAUCUUUGUUUGAGUAGAGAUUAGCUACUUUCAUAAAGACAAACUUAUAUAAAUCCCUCUAUCUAACAGAUCAUUUUGAAUGGACGGUUGAGAUGACCCCAAUCGCAAUAUCACAUCUCUCUACUAUUUUUUUUUUUUUUUACAAAAUAUUUUGGCACCAAAUUUUGGACGUCCACUACUCUCUUAAACU